GCUCUCGUGCGCGUGCUUGGCUUGCUCUGUCGCAGUAACGUUUCCCCCAUCUUCUCCUCCGGCUUUAUAAGAAGCGCCCUCCUGGAAGCCGCCGCCGCUGAUUCUGACUGAAUUUCUCCAGCGCCGGCGGGGAGUCACGGCCGAACGAGAGGGCCAGUUGGACGCAUAAUCGUGAUUCGAGAGGAGCUCAAGCGUCCAUGGAGAACCGCAAGGAGGAGCAGCAGGGCGCGGCGGUGGGCUGGAUGACGGUGCCGGCCUUCGGGGAGUGGGACGUCAAGAACGGCGCUGUGCCGGACUACUCCAUGGACUUCUCCAAGAUCCGCGAGAUGCGCAAGCAGAACAAGCGGGAGCUCUCCAGGGCCAGCCUCGGCGGCGACGAGGACCUCCUCCAGGCGCAGCAGGGCAAGGCGCAGGCGGCGGCGCAGCCUGCCAAGUCCUCCGCCGCCGUCGCGGCCGACGACGACCACCGCCGCCCGCUGCACGGCGACUCCCCCACGGGAAGAAAGAAGUUCCUGAGCUAUUUCCAGUGCUGUAUCAGAGCUUAAAGGAUUCCGAACCCUGCUGCUGCUGGUGUCGCACAAAUAGCUUUUAGGUUUCUUGGGUACUGUAAAGUUUGCAUAAUGUGUAGCUCACCUCUGGCUCUGUAAUCUUGUCGCUCGUGUGGGUGAGAGAAAAGAAGAAUUGCGAGGGAGGAAGGGCACAUAAUGUGUAGUUCAUGCUGUUUUUUUGAAAUGCUCUGCAACUUUUAGUGCAAUGUGAUCUGAGGAUUGGAUCUGAAGGCGUAUGUUGGCGGAAAUUGUCAGCACCCGUGGAGUAUUCGUUGCGUAUAUUAAAUGGUCUGCCUGUUAUUUCUUUUCUA